CAAUUAUGGCCUUUUAAUGGGUUUCAGAUUGACGGCUCCAGAUCCCUCUGCUCCGACGAGGAGAUCCUCAUCGUCGACGGUCGCUGGGAAAAAAGGUUCCGCUUCGUUUCACCGGAAAGUAUCAUUCCAAAUAUUAAUUUCCAAGUGAUCGGCUGGCUUCGUAGAUCAGAUUAAUCUCGCUAUGUCGAAUUGGAAACAUAGAGUGUGGCGACAUUUGAGCUCGUUUCAAGGAGCUAGUUACUCAACUAGGCCAUCAAGUUCAAGAACCAACAAAUCAAUGAUUAACAACCUUAGAAAAAUUCGGCCAAUGAUUCAUAGGAGAAUCGAGAACCGAGCAAAAGAUUACCCGAUCAAUGAGAUCAUCCCUGUAGCCGAAGAAGUUCUUAAAGCCAGACGAAACCUUCUCACUUACGUCACCGUGCUUCUUAAACUCUUUCCUGUCCUGACAUGCAAGUUCUGUUCAGAAGUAUUUGUGGGGAAAGAAGGACAUUUGAUUCAAACAUGCCGUAGUUACAUACGUCGUGGCAACAACAGGCUACACGAAUGGGUUCCAGGUUCCAUAAACGAUGUACUUGUCCCCGUCGAGACAUUCCACUUACACAACAUGUCUCAAGGUGUUAUCAGACACCAACAGAGGUUCGAUUACGACCGCGUUCCCGCGAUCUUGGAGCUGUGUUGCCAAGCAGGAGCUAUCCAUCCCGAAGAGAUCUUGCAAUAUUCAAGAACUCACGAUCAUAACCCGCGAAUCUCGGACGAAGAUAUCAGGGGUUUAUCCAGGGAAGACCUCAGAUACGUCGGCGCAAACGCUUUAAUGGCGUGGGAGAGAGUGAGAGAUGGUGUGAAGAAGCUCUUGCUUGUUUAUCCUUCGAAAGUUUGCAAACGGUGCAAAGAGGUUCACGUCGGACCCAGCGGUCAUAAAGCUCGGCUAUGUGGUGUGUUCAAAUACGAGAGCUAUCAGGGAACUCAUUACUGGGAGAAAGCCGGUGUGAACGAUUUGGUACCGGAGAAAGUGGUGUGGCACCGGAGGCCUCAGGACCCGGUGGUUCUUGUGGACGAAGGUCGGAGUUAUUACGGACAUGCCCCUGCUAUCGUGAGCCUUUGUAGCCAUGCCGGUGCGAUUGUUAGCAACACUAAGUACGCUUGCGAGAUGAAGCCCCAAGGUUUAUCUUUUCCUUUCACUACUCAUUCAGUUCCACCAAAUCACGAAACGUAGAGAGCAAGUCUUCCGGUUUGUCUAGCUGUGAUCAUCCUCUGCUUCUUGUCCGGUUUUGUGAUCGAUUUUGGUUUUUGGCAUCAUGAUAGUGUUUUUAGAAACCAUACUAACUUACCAAGCCAGUCUUUAUGUCUGUCUAUUAGCAUUGUAGUUUUAUGUCUAUUUGCUAGUCUCUGUAGUAUCGCCUUGUGACUUAACACAAUAAGACCUAAACUCCAUCUGUGAAUUGUGAUACAAGGUUAGGUUACAGAUAUAUUUGACAUUAUUCUCUCCCACGUCCAUCAAGUAUUCACCUAACAUAUGAAAAAGUUAAUAUUCCUAAGGAAUAUUUUUGACCACGUCAUUAACAAACAUGCGCAUAGCAGCUUUCGAAGAUCCACCGUCCAACAACGCCGCGCGAAGCAAUUCCCUCGUCUCCUCGACCUUCUUCCUCAUCUGGCUAUCCUGCUCCAUCACGCAGUUGAUCCCUCUCUCUAUCUCCUCAGCCGUCACUAUCUCCGGCUCUCCCAACAGAGAAUCUCUCCGGUAUUCUCUCCUGAUCUCAGCCGCCAAACCAAGCUCCUCCACCAUCUGAAACGCGUUUAGCUGCUGCUCAGCGUAGAUCGGCCACGCCGCCGUGGGAACUCCGUGUCACAAACUCUCGAGGAUCGAGUUCCAUCCACAGUGAGUCACGAAUCCUCCUACGGCAGGAUUCUCUAGAACAGCGACUUGUGGGGCCCAACCGAUGAUCUUCCCGGUCUCAGCAGUCCGAUCAAGAAACCCUUCCGGGAGAACCUCCUCCAAGUUCGUGCAAUCCCCGGGAAUAGUUCCCGCCAUUAUCUCCUCCGGCGACACGAGGCGGAGCGACCAGAGAAACCGAUGGCCGGUUCUCUCGAGCGCCACGGCGAUUUCUCUGGUUUGUUCUUCGGUGAAGCCUCCCAUGCUCCCAAAGCAGAGGAACAGCACGGAUCUCGGCGGUUGCUCAUCUAGCCAACGCAAGAUCUCCGAUCCCUUCUCAUCAUCGGAAUCAUUUUUAAAACGCAGGAUGGGUCCCACCGCGUACAGCGGAGGAGUAUCCUGAUCCUCGCCGGAAAAAAACUUAAACGCCUGAGGUUCGAUAUCCGCCAAUGAAUUUACCAAAAUACCCUUUGUUCCUCUCAAAGUCUUUGCUCGGCGCAAAAGAUUAGGAAACCAUUCUUUGCUCAACAUCACAGACGGCAAGCACAUAGCCGGAAGACGCCGAGUCAGAGCAGGAACGUCUAACUCGGUGUCGGAAUCUCUCAAAUCCGUCACGUCAAAGUUUUCUUCGUCGUGAAGGUGUUGAACAUGGAGCAUUAGCCCGAGAUACGUAGCGUUGGAUGUGAAGUAGGUAUAAGCCGGGAUGCAUAACUCUGUGGCGAUAUCUAUCAUCGGCGUGCAGAACAUCUCCACCACAAUCGCAAGGCGACCUUGCGACACGCGGGCGAUUAUGCAGACGGUUCUUCUAACAGUCGAUUUGUGGCUCUCGAGGUAUGAUAUGUAGGUCUGAUCAGGGUCGUUACUCGAUUGAUCUCUGGUGGGGAGGAAGCAGUAGCGGAGACGGGAUCCGGACCGAGGGCAGGCGGAGGAGAUGUCACCGGAGGAAACGUUGCGCGCAGGGAUGACGAUGAUGAAGAUGGAUACGCGGUCGUCGUUGUCGACGAGAAGCUUUGCCAUUUCCGCCGUUGAUCGGAUGUGGCCGAUGCCAGGCGAAGGGAUGAACACAAGCUCGAUCAUGACGUUGACUUUUCGUUUCUCUGCUGUUCGAAUCCAAUUGGUGUGCUUGUUUUGAAAUCUUAUUCUAUGUUAUGGUACACUUGUUAACAAAAAAGAAUAAUAUGUCAUUAUUUAUGACUUUUUUGCAAAACAAAAUAUUCGAUUAAUAUGUGUC